AUAACACAUCACAAAACUCAUAAGAAAAAAAUCUGCAAAACUAAAGAAUGGCUUAUGCUAGGCUUGCUCCUUUGGCUCUCUACUUGCUCGCCACUUCCAUAAUGUUUCCGAUGAAGAUGAUAGAAGCAGCAGACUGUUCAGGUGCUUGUUCACCGUUUGAGAUGCCACCGUGCGGGUCAACUGAUUGUCGCUGUAUCCCUAUUGCACUAUUUGCUGGUUUUUGCAUUAAUCCAACUGGAGUUUCAUCUGUGGCGAAUAUGAUAAAUGAACAUCCGAACUUAUGUAAAUCUGAUGAUGAAUGCAUGAAGAAAGGAAGUGGCAACUUCUGUGCUCGUUAUCCCAAUAACUACAUGGAUUAUGGUUGGUGCUUUGACUCUGAUUCUGAAGCUCUUAAAGGCUUCUUGGCUAUGCCUGCAGCAAUCACCAAGUAAUACGUCUGUGCCUCUGAAAAAGUGGUCAUGCAUGAUGCAUCUUCUACUACUUUAUUAAAAAAAAGCUUAUGAUGCAUCUACUGCUAUAAAUAAAACGAGUGUUCACCAA